AAAAAAGAUAAUGUCUUAUAUUCUAUUUGCAAACAAUAUCGUAAAGCUUGGUGUGUGAGUAAGAAACAAAGUAAAGGUAACAAUUUUGGAAAAUAGGAAGAUGAAUUUUUAUUCAAUGAGAAGACGAGUGGUUAAAGUCGCAAUAUUGACUGCUGUGGUUACUACAGCUGCAUGUUUAAUUAUUUCUUUAGUUUUAUUAACUGACAAGCAUAAUAUAUUUCAAAAAAGAGAAAUACAGGAGCAGGAGCAGGAACAAUCCACAAAGCCAAUCUUAAGGAAUAGUAUACAAUGUUACCGUUCCAAGAUUGAAAGUAUCCCUGAUAUAUCAGAUUCGCAUCCACGAAAGGAUAAAUCCAUCUUCUUCCAUGAAAGUUCGUGCAAGUCGUACUAUAAUAACAAGAUUUUUAUUAACGCAAGACAAGCUUGUGCUGUGGAGAGCGCUGCAACAUUAAAUCCUAAUUUGGAUGUUUACUUACUAUAUUCUUCACCAGGAAUAUUUAAAUACGAUGGGCACGAGUCAGAUGAUCUACUGGAAGCUAUUCUUAGUUACGAAAAUAUCCAUGUGAUGCAUGUUGAUUUUGAAAGAUAUAUUGAAGGCACGCCAUUGGAAAGUCUUUAUAAAAAUGGAAAGAUAGAGCAGUCAAACUAUGCGAUUUCGCACGCUAGUGAUAUAUUAAGGUUCCUUUCUUUAUGGAAAUAUGGCGGCAUUUAUUUAGACCUUGACACAAUCUCUAUAAAAACUUUGGACGGCCUACCACUUAAUUUUGCUGGCCUUGAAACUAAUGUAAGCGUUAAUAGCGCAAUUUUAAGUUUUAAUUCAAGUGACUAUGGACAUGUUCUGGCAGAAAAGUGUAUUAUGGAUUUGAAGAGGAAUUUCAAUGGACGGUUAUGGGCUAAUAAUGGCCCUGGUGUAAUAACCAGAUUAAUAAGAUCUAUAUGUGGAGUGGAAAAACGUCAAGCAAUACAAGCGAAUACUUGUCAAGGAUUUAGACUAUUCUCAGAAUCAGCGUUUUAUCCAAUAUCAGGACCGUCUUGGGAGAUGUAUUUUAACGAGACUUAUCUAAACGAAGUACUGAAAAAAACUAGUUCUAGUUAUGUCCUCCAUAUUUGGAACAACAAUAGUGCCAACAGAAAGCUACCAGUAGAUUCAAAAGCGCCUUAUUUGUAUUUUGCCAAGAAGUAUUGUCCAAAAGUGAUUGAAGUUUGCACAGAUUUCUUUUAAUCGUUUUUAUUGAUUUAUAUGAGUUUUUUUAUAUAAUAUAUAUUUUUGUA